AUGGGAUCCUGCAUAUCCUUUAAAACCAAGAUUUUGGCUGAUAAACAAACCGCAGAACUUAACAUUAAUUAUCAACAAAAAAGAAUUGCGAUCCGCCAAAUUUACCAAAAAAAGGCUAAGCAGGCUCCUAUUUUAAAACUUGACACGAAUCCCUUGUAUAUUAAAAGAACUUUUUCCGAGAUUACAAGCAAAACUGGAGUGAGUAAUUCCCUAAAUCAUCUUCUUGACUAA